AUGGUUGUUGCCCAGCGCCUCUCCUCUAAUGGUUCUCCCUUUGAGGACAUCACUCUUUGUCGCUCUCUUGUUGGUGCACUACAAUAUCUGACUAUCACUCGCCCUGACCUUGCCCACUUGGUCAAUUCCGUCAGUCAAUAUUUGCAUGCUCCAACUAAUGAACAUUUUCAUGCCGCAUCCUUCGUUACAUCAAGGGCACUCUUCACUUUGGUUUAUCAUUCACUGCCUCCUCUUCUGCUAGCAUUACUGUCUAUUCUGAUGCUGAUUGGGCCAGCUAUCUUAACACUCAACACUCUACUUCAGUCUACUCUAUCUACUUGGGUGACAAUCUUGUCUCUUGGAGUGCCAAAAAGCAACCCACAGGCUCUCACUUCAGCUGUGAAUCUGAAUACUGUGCUUUGGCUUCCACUGCUGCUGAAGUUCUAUGGUUAG